AUGCGUUACAUAUUUUAUGUGCUGUGGAUGUGUCUCGCGGCGUUAAGUGUUUUCGCAGCAGAAGUUGCACAGCUGGAGGCAGCAAGUAAAGCAGAAGAAUUGCUUUCCGUGGACGCAGGAGUCCAACACAGCGAGGAAAACGCGCGCUCUGUGCGGCAGUUCGGUGGUGGAUUCGGAGGCCCAGGCUUCUUUGGUCCAGGUGGUGGGUUCGGUGGGCCAGGUGGCUUUGGGCCAGGAGGCUUUGGCCCAGGUGGUGGAUUCGGAGGAGGUGGCUUUGGGCCAGGGGGCUUUGGACCAGGGGGAUUUGGACCAGGGGGCUUUGGACCAGGUGAAACCGCGUUUCGAGAAUAUCUAUCACUAUCUGAGGGUGAAGUGAGCAGCAUUUUAAUGGUCUAUCACAAAUUCGUUUUGGCCAACGGUUCCAAGGCGAAGCAUAUGACAAAGAAACAGUUCUUCCACCUUUUCCUGGUUUUGUUCAAAAUCUCCGAUUUGCAAAUAAUCGAACGCAUACUCUUACACAUAACUUUGGAUAUGAAAAGAGAGGAAGACGCUGUUGCUUGGGUGCACCUCUUCUCCGUCUUUAUGACCAACAAAUUAGAUCAGAAGAUCAAAUUCACUUUUCAAAUUUACAAUAUCCAUGGCAACGGGUUUUUGAAUCGUGAAAUUGUGCAACAUGCUGUCGAAAAGUUUUUCGUAGGGGAAGACGAGGACGAAGUGAACGAGCUGCGUUCGGAUAUGGUGGAUUUGUUGUUCAAGAAAUUCAAUGUCGACAAGGAUGGUGUGAUAUCGUUUGAUGACUAUUCGGAGGUUGUCAUGAAACAACCGAUGUUGCUCGAGUUUCUAGGACAAUGCUUUCCGUCCAUAAUUGGCACAACAGUAAUUGCUCUCUGUGCGAACAUAAUGUCCAAAGUAAACAUUGAUAAACCGUGUUCAUAA